AUGGCUGCCAUAAGCCUUUCCCGGCUGAGGCUGCUAAACGAUGUGGCUGUUUUCCCACUUACAGUCCCAGGUUUCUCAAGAUGUUUACAUUCUUCUAGUAUUAUCUGUUCUAGCUCAACUGAUUCUUCAAUGAAUAAUUUAAGAAUUGCCAGAGAAACAGCGUUAGGAGUCAGGCGUUUCAGUCUUCAAAGUUGGCUUGGUGAGUACUCUCAGAGCUGAACUUUUGAUCUGGCUAGUUUUAGUUAUUUUUUAAUUGACCGAAAGUUAAUGGUAGCGAUGUGAAAUAUGUCUGAAUAAGCAGUUCUUAUUUAGGGGAUGCUCGAUAUAGCAAGUGAAUAGAUGCACUAUAUCGCACAGGAAAAAAUAACGGAUUCCCAUUUUUGGAUAUUUUAGGGUAUUUAAAGAAAACCCAUAAAAAUCCCAAAUUUGGCAAAGUGAGACAAGUCCCAACCAGGGAAUUCCCAACCAAGUUCCCUGAUUGGGACUUGCCUCACUCUUCCAAAUUUGGGAAUUUUUUGGGUAUUCUUUAAAUACCCUAAAAUAUCCAAAAAUGGGAAUCCGUUAUUUUUUCCUGUGUUGUUGUGUCGUUCUAUUGUGUGAAGUUUAUCAUGUUAAUCAAUAAAAUUUUUAUUUAUUUAUUAAUGGUGGCAGUGCAUAGCCUCCCACGCAGGGCAGGAACGUGUGAUGAACCCCUAAGAACGUUUGCGUGGGAGGCUAGGCAGUGCAUUAAUGUGUAAGUGUUGGGACUCUACCCGCUACCCAGAAGGUGGUGUCAAAGUUCAAGACAUUUCCUGAACAGGGUAGCUGUUUUAUUAUAUUUUCUACAAUAAUAAUUGUCUAGAAACCUUUUCUACACAAUGUAGGAAUCAAGGCUUCCAUUCUGACAGAGGAGAAAAUAAACAAAGCAGAUGUAGGCUGCCCAAUCUGCAGUAGAGAUAUCACAUUUACUUACAAAGUAAGUUAGAAUAAUAAUGUUGCUAAUAGUAAUAUGAAGUAAUAAUAAUAAAUUCCAAAAGACAACAUUCAAAGAAACAGCUCACAUCUUGCAGAGAGUAAUAUCAAUCAAGCAGUGAGAGAGAUCCUUAGUCAUGAUUUGGUCCCUCCUCCCAAGGACCAAGGAAUCCUAGUUUAUGAGAAUGAAUAAUGAGAACAAUAACAACAACAAUAAUAAUAAUAAUAAUAGUAUUAAAGACCAAUACCAAUACUCAGGGUCUUGAAAUAACUGAGAAAUGAAGGUACUUCCUUUGCCCUGCAGGCAGCUGGACCUUCGCGUGGCUUGGAUGACCACGUAAAAUGGUGGUCCCGUCUCCAUUAGGAGACGUAAAAUAUAGUGUCCCCAAUUAGCACUUUCGUGCUAAAUACAUUGACACUCAAAUAAAGUGCUUGUUUUAUAAUAAUAAUAAUAGUAACAAUGGUAUUAGUCACUGUGUACUAAUUUAUUAUUGUCCCAUAGGAUGUGCUAUUUUUGUCACAAUUUAUGUCACCAAGAGGAUACAUUCUCAAUCGAAGAGUAACAGGUACAUAUGUCUUAUCUCUCUUUGAAACCUGGUACGUUCUUCACAGUCAUUUGUUUCACAAUAAUUUUUGAGUUUGAUCACUUUCCAUUUCUUACAACUUUUCUUAACCAAUUUACCUGCAACAGUUUCCAAGCAAAAACCAGUCACCUUUAUUAGGGCUAAUGCUGAGAAGGGUUUAUGGUUUAUUUCUAACAAGAUAACACUUUAGAAUUAAGAUUCUGUUCCAUCAUUUGUUACAGUGCAACUACUGUAACCGGGGCUACUUAGACAAAGUUGACCAAUCGGGUUACAGGAAAAUAACAAUACAUUCCAAGAAAGUUGGUUGUGGGCCAAUCAGCAGCUUGUAUAAAAGCAACAAGUUACGCAAAGCACAAAAUUAAUAUUGAUAGCAAGGAAAGCAAAAUGUUUCACCUGACAAUGUUUUUCUAUUCAAAACUUUGCAUACAACGCCCAGGACACAUAUUUCUUUGACACAGGCUGUUAUUUUGUCAUCUACCAGGAAUUUCUUCGCUACUAUUGCUGCGCUUUGCAAUAACAUGCAACCACAAGUAAAAAAUGUAACUAUCAUUUACGUUUUUUGCCUCAAUCAUUCACUCUAAUGGACCUCUUGGGAAACACAUGCUUUCUUCAGCAGGUUCCAAAGGUCACGUCUGUAGGUUGUAAUUUGUUGAUUUUGAUCCUUGUUGUUUACUUCGUAACGAGGUAAUUAUGAUUGACAACUAACUUAUCUCAAAAUGUAUUGUUAUUUUCCUUUAAUCCGAUUGGUCAACUUUGUCUAGGUGGCCCCGGUUAUAGUGGUCGCACUGCAACUGGUGAAAAAAAUUCAUUUGUUAUUGGAACAAAUUGAACUUAUCAACUUUGGUUAAAAUUUCUUUACAAGUUUCAAAACCAGAUUGCUUCAGGUUUUAGUCAUUGUUUGGAGUGUAUUUUUUUCUUUACAAACAUUUAUACUUGUACCUCAUGUAAGAACCCCUUUUUUCUUUUUAAAUAGUCUAUAAUGCCUCCUGGCUAGAUUAGUGUUUUAUCUAUUUUCUAGGUGGCUUUAUACCUUACAUAAGUGGUAUUGUCUUGUUCCUCUCUUUUUUUUCUGAGUGUGGUAUGAAAUUCAACUGAUGUACAUGUAACUUAAGGCAAGAAUAUUGUUUUUGCAGUUACGGAAAGGACACGGGCUGUAGUUUGCAGGGUACAUGUAUCGUGUGAUAAAUUAAUUUUUAUUAAAGCACAAAAAACAGUUUAUUACUCUAAAAUUCUUUAAAAUUCUUCAUUCCUUUCUUUAAAAGGUGUUUGCAGAAAACAGCAGCGAAAGUUAGAGAAAGCAAUCAAGAUAUCACAGAGAUUAGGUAAACAAUUCACUUGGCAACACAUGUUUUGGCACUAAAUAGGCCGGUAUGUUCCACUGUGAAGGGUAUAGUUUUCAAGCAAUUCAGUCUGGGACAGGGUAUAGAAAUCAGAGAAUUUGGGUCAAGAAUGGGGUACCAUUUUCCUUGAAACUGAUCAGUUGGCUGUAAGGUCUAGACUAGAGAAACUGGGAAUUACUACUCCAAGAAAAUAUAAUCAGCAAAUUGAAAUAUUUACCAGCAACUCUGUUUAUUGGCCAAGAAAGUGUAGACCUCAGUAGUCUCUUGAAAAAAGCAAUCCUUGGAUAGGGACAGAUUUUGGAAGUUUGGUGUAUUAUAGGAUAGCAAAGUUGAGAUCUCUAUUCAAAUGUUCUUCUAAAAUCAUACCCCAAUGACUGACAGCAAUCUUUAUCGAAACUAAAACUGUCACAACUGGCAGUAGCCCUAAAUAGGCUUUUGAAGGAGUUAAUUGCAACAUAAACAAUCAAUAUUCUGUCAAGGCCACUCCUCCCUCCCCCCUGCUUGGGGGUGGAAAUCACUUGGGUCCAUAUAGGAGAUAGCUGGUAUGCUCCUCGUCCUUGUUCAUGGUAGGAGUGUUUGUUCUAAUAUGUAUACUUGCCUGGAUCCACAUUUUGAACUUGUCGCUUCACUGCUCAUACUUUCAUUCUAACGAUUUUUGGGUAAAAAAAAAGGGUAAUACAAUAUUGAAUGAAAUCUAAGGGGAAGUUUUCAGGGCAAAAGACUCUUAGGUGCAUCCUGGUUACUGAAAAUAAGAAAAGUUUGGGACAGGUGGACUUCUUGGCCUGUACUUUCACCUUUAGAGACCCCUUUAGGGCUAAAUCCCACCACUGCAAGAUUGUGGCUUUGAAAUGUUGAUACAAGAACAAUGAACUAUAGAAGCCUCGUCUGUUAAGAGCAGCACCAGUGAAAAAUGAAAUCAUCAGCCAAUCUCUGGAAUGCAAAGAUUUCCAAAGGAUCCUUAAUACCGGUAGCUUACACAUUUUUUUAAUCACAAGCUUUUUAAAUGGAUAUUUUUUCCAGCCCUUUGAAUUUUGUGUAUUAUUUUGAGGCAUUACCUAGUUGGACGUUGUAUUGUAACUUAGAUACAUGUAAACUGCAAUGCAAUGUCUGAAAGACAAAUUUUCAUGAAAAGGAUACUGUGAGACAGUCAUUUUUAUGAUUACAUAUUUAUUUGAUAGGUCUUCUCCCGAAACUGGCCCCUGCACUACAGAAAGAAUUGGCGGAAAGAAAAUUGGCCGAGAAGAAGAUGAAAGUUGAGAAAUGA